GGGCAAUUUUAUAGCAAUUCACAUUUUGUGCGCCAAUAACAGGAAGUCGAAGGAAGGUACAGACGCCACAAUAAAGAGGACAGGAGUAGCUGUCACUCUCGUUCUAAAAAAAAUACUCCAAGUACCCCGCCCAUAGACGAACAGAGCAUCCAAGAAAAUCCGGAAGACCAGUGGGAGGCGUUGAUGACGUGACUAAACCCUGAGGACCAGCUCCGACUGGUGGACAGGGCUCUGGCAUCAGCUGAAAGCCAUGGCUAACUGGAAUGAGGAAGUCACCCCCCUCUGGGCGAAGAGAACGCGCGCCUGGUCAGACAAUAAUGUUUAAUUCUCUCUCUGCCAAACCUAUAAACGACUGUUGUCUGUAUACAUAUGCUCCAUUCAUCUCUCAUUAUCCGUGUGGUGUCGUCCAUUUGGGUUCGAAGCACUCGCAUGUGGACACAAUCUCUAUGUCUCCGAAUAUAUUCUAACCGUCUACACGCAUGCGCCGUCCAUGCAGAUGCGUCGACUUUGUGGAAGUGGGGUGGUAAACAAUCAAUAAAGUAGGACCCACUGUUAGUAAGAUAGUCACGAGGGUUUGAUGCGUGCUGAAGUAUGCACUCGUAAACGCUUUUGAGAGCAAUGCACCAUACAGUUGACGUCAGUGCUGCGCCGUGCCGUGAUACAUAACUAUAAGCGUGAUGACAUGACUCAUAUCGAAGCAUUCUCUUUGAGCUCUUUUGUGCUCCCACUCCGCGCUAUCUCUGAGCUGUUGACACGGCUACGAGUAUAAAGGAUCGCUUCUCAUGCUACAGAGUCGAGCGUAAUUUGUGAUGGAAGGCCGCCUGUCCUUAAUUUUCCAGCAACCACUGCAUCCAUGCCUAGUUCACUAAUCGAAUUAGGCAAUCUUAGCAACAAAACUCAGUCCCAUUUAAUAUGGAUUAGUUAGUACGAGUCUAGGGCUUGAGUAGCUGCCCGCGAGUUCGCGUCUCUCCUGCUAAAAUUAAAAAAAAAACUAAUUCUAAAAAUCUUUGUGGCAGUCGAUCCGCGAGGCAAUAAGUUCUUUUAACGAAGAAAUUCAAUGAUUACUUGAUUACUUAGAAAUGUGUUGCAGUGCCCCUUUCAAGGGCUACUGACACAAAAUUUUGCGGACAAGAUAGCGUACGGGACCAACUUCCGUGAACAUGCGUGCGUAUAUCGCCUACCAAAUCUCAACAGUGAAUCUAGCUUGGGAGGACAUUUAUAUAAAUUUUGAUGCUCGCGUGCAUGAUCUCGAGCUAUACGCCGCGCCUCGCGACAUUGGCAUCAUCCAAGGUGACCUGAAGAUGACCCCCAACUUCCGACACGUCACGACUGCGGCCAAGCUCCGAGCUGGCGCAGUUAGUAUGAUGACGUCAUAGCCGCUAAUGGGCUUUUGCCGCGCUUGGGCCAGCAGGCUGCUGUUCGGCGGCUCCUCGUGAGCCCGUGGCCACGGCGAAUGUGCGGAAAGUGUGGAAGCCUCAAUCAAGAAAGUCGUGACCACCAGGCGACUACGAUGAGGCGCCGCACAUGCGGCAGGUGAAAGAACGUCAGCAGACGAUGCAGGCAGCCGUCACAGGAGUCGGCGCAGAGGGGGCAGGCGUGGCGGUCGCCUCUCUAGGCAUCUAAAGGGCGGCACCGAUUCUGCGCGUACCUUUGCUCAGGCAUACUUGUGACGUCAUUGUUUAACGUGCGGGGUUAUGGCCGCGCAUGCUAGCUAUUUGACGACAAUGGUGGUCAACGACGCCUGUUGUUACAUUCCAAGAACUGUUCAAUUUCUACCUUUAUUUCCGGAAAGCCGGUUACCGAUUUCAGGCCGUUGUGAGAAGGGCGUCAUUGCUUCAUUUACAGUUUUGCAUCCAAUGCGGAGGGUUUCCUUUCGGCUCGUCCAUGUUCAGAUGCCUGCGCAUGCCAAUGAUCCCCAUACUGCUCCUUUUUUUUUUUUUUUUUUGCUCGGGAUGCUGUGUGCGAACUGCUUUACGAGAGACGUAGCAAGAUGCCGCUUAUGGCAAGUUGAGGCGCAUGAACCAAAUUGCGUGUAACGAUAAAUAAACGGUUCUUUGUGUCCCUAUUUUUCAUGCCACUGUAACGAGUAACUUUCUCCGAGCAGAAACGCUGUGUGCGAUUUCGACCCAACCAUCAAGGCAAGCCUGCUUUCUUGCGUCAGUAAAAUCAUCAUUCCAUCGAAUUGAGAAGAAGCAGAAGCGAGGAGUUUGGUUGUCGGGCAAAGCAAAUGCAACUGUCACAUAGUCGACAUAUUUUUUUCUGGUGUUGAAGUCAGUAACUAUCUCCUGUGUAACGAUUUAAUGACAUAAUUUAGCAUAGUAACGAAGAGAAAUGAUCCCAUUUUGUUUCGACAGGACAACCCGUUACCUUAUGAACCACGAGACAAACGUUGUUCGUCCCGCUCGAACGAACAGUAAAAGGUCACAUACGGGAAGCGUAUUUUACUGACCAACCUCCGGACGUCCCCAAAAAAGAAAAACAAAGAACUGUUAAGCUGCAUAACCAAAAAGGCAGAGAAAAAUGAUAACCGCGCAGGUGAACUCACACUCCUACCUAAAGAAAUUAACAAUUACACUUGUACCGGAAUUUUAGUAUUAUUUACGCUGCCGACUCUAUUAAGGGGGCAAGGUAGGAAUUUACUAUUUACAAACGCUCGCGUUAAUUCAUCUUCGCAGAACAGUGACAAGCACUGUUGUCCCCGCUGGCGCAAAAAUCGAAAGUCUAUAGGCUCCGUGACGUCUGCGCUGUUCGUGUUAGGAAUCGCGGGGGCAUUGUGGUUGCUUCGUUGUGGUCAUUGUAGUCACCUCGGAGUGAACGGCUGCUGACUUGUUGUUGCUACUGUUGCCCUCUGAGCAUGGCACAUACUCUUUCCAGGGCAUUGCCCGAGUAGUGGGUUAAUUUUUUUCAAUAUUUUCUGUAUUGCGUAGUUCCGAGAUGCGAUAAUUGUUUAAUCUAUUGAUUUGAACUGGCAAUUGUCAGUAAUUAAAUAUUUAAAGCCGGCAGAAUUUAGCGAGAUAUUCUUUUAGUCGCAAUGAUAAAGUCCUCAAUGGCGAAAGAAACAUCCAUCUGGCUGUAUCCAAGAGUAGCGGCCCCAAAAGAAAGAAGAACCGGCUUUGGUUAUCCGAGGCCUGGCUAUCGAAGAGGUGGUACCAGUAUUCGUUUCCUCACUGUAGUGAACAUGUGAGAGGAUAGAAAGAAAUGACCCCCUGAUUACAGAAGAGGCUCAAAGGGGAGUCACUAAACCAGAUCUAUGAAAGUAAAAAUUGAGGGAGGUAACACGGCAACAAAAUUUCGUGAUGGCCCCUUCCAUCAUACGUGAGCUAGAUAAUCCGCCGCGUCAGGGAAAUAAAAAGUGCUCGUACUCCGGAGAAGGAGUCAGUACUGAGUCUGAUAAACUUGUUCUGAAUGCAAGUACGCGAAAUCUCGCCGUCGCGAUGUGUGCUGUUAGUGCGAAAACACGAAUGAUAGACGCAAAAAAGCGACGUCUUUGGGAGAGAAUCCGCGAUUUAAUUUAAAAACAAAUCUUUGUGGUCAGGUACCCAGAUGAAAUUAAUACAUUGAAGAUGAACGGGAACCAGUGAUUUAAAGAGCUUCAGUGUAGGUGUGUCACCAAAUGCACAAAGAGAAGAGCACACAGAUAAUGAGUCAGUUAUAUUUGCCUCUACUUUAACCAAUGAACUUAACUCGCGUAAAGCUAAUAUUGUUGCCCUGAGGUCAGCAAGAAAGACAGGAAGGACAUCAGAGAGCCGUACUAAGAAAGACCAGUCAAGUUCAGGGUAUAAUAUAUUCUGAUGCCAGAUCUUUCCUCAGACUGCGAAGCUUCCGUUGUAAUACCAACAUUGCUUGGUAGAGUAUUUCGAUAGUCUUGCAACAACCAAUUUAAAAUGACGUAAGGUAGUAAUUUCGCGCGAUUCAGAAAAACAUCGUGAUACAAAAUUUCUGGAGAGUUACGCUGCAUAGCAAUAAAGAAGCACGUGCGUCCAAAGCAGCCACGAGCUUCUUCAUCCUCAUCCUCCUGCGACAUUAUUUAGACAACAUUGAUGAUCGUCCCCACUCAUUACCUUCUUCUUCGAACUUGCCUUUCGCAAACUCCUUUGAAAAAAAAACACCGAGUACGUCAAAGUCUUUAAACGCCUCUGGUGGUGACGUUGCAGCAGGCGGGUUAGCGUAGCAUACACAGCCUCUUGUACCGAAGAAAUCCUGCGUAGAGGCUUCCUAAAUGCCGCCGUUCCUACAGUUAACUCGUCUGUGUAGGUCGCGUACACGCUUAGAAAAACAAUUCAAGCAACUUCACUGACUUCACGACGCGAAGACUAGUUAAACAGUGGAGCUGGUUGCAUCAGACUGCUAUUUGGUUGCUUGACUUUGCUCUAUAACACUUUUGCCAACGUCUUCCUACACGAAAGCCCGGUCUUCCUAUCCAACGUCACGGAACAAUUCUUGCAACUCAUUUAAAGUACAGCUGCUUAUAUUGCGAUUGAGACGCGCACAACGAACGAAGAGGCCGUUUACACAUAUUGCGCAAGUGGAAUCCCGGGAAACACUAUGCGGUGGUCCACUUGAUGACAAAACCACAUUUGAGACUGCAAUGAUUCAAUUCAGGAGACAUCGACAACUGUAACUUGAGAGGUGACGGGGUCCCAUUUAGAUGUUACCGAAUAGCGGGGGCAUUAGGAGCAAUGGCCCGCAGCCUGAGUUUCAAGCUAGCCGUUGGUUGUGUUCUGACAUUCGUACUCGUGGAUGUCUGCUUCGACAUGAGUGGAUAUGGUGAAGGAGGUCUCAGGGCUAUGUUUCAAGGCCCUUUCGUGGUGGAUAGAAAAGGGGCUACUGCUGCUCAACGCCAAACGACCCCGACCUGGAAUCAAAGCCAUGCCGUCACCGGGAUUCCCAAAGAUGUGUUGAGUGACAGUUUACGAUCAAAUAUUUCUGUGCCAGAGCUGUGUCCCCUUGUAUCUCCGAAUCUGGUUGGCUACAUACCCACGAAGAUGGACGUACCGUCCUUAGACGCGGUGGAAAACGAGUUUCCUGACGUAAUGCCGGGUGGCCACUUCCGGCCAAAGGAAUGCACAUCCCGGCACAGGGUGGCUAUUCUUAUACCAUACCGAAACCGGAAAGAACACCUGAGGAUAUUUAUAUACAACAUUCAUCGGGUUCUGGCGAGGCAGCAGAUUGACUACGGUGUCUUCGUCAUCGAGCAG